AUGACACCCGAAACGAAAGAAAUUUCAAUUCUUGAUCCUGGAAAUGGUAUGUUCAAUACUCAUGUCUAUCUCGAAGACGUCCAGAAGGUUAUCAAGGAACAGCUCAGCACGGAAGCGCAAUUAGGAGAAAACACGAAAUACACGGUUAUUGGAGACGGAAAUGGAUUCAUGAGCCGCGUGAUUCUGGUAGACGCUGAUUGGACUGUUCCCGAUGAGAAACUUCCGAAACGAUUUGUGCUUAAGAUCAGUUCGGUUCUUCACAUUCAAACAAUGAUUGAAAAUAUGGUGAAAGCCAAUCCGGAGACGUUCAGCCCUGAACUUGAAGCGCAAUUGUGGGCUCUGUUCGAGAACGAAUCGAAAAUGCUGCACAAUCGCGAAGUGGCUGUGUACAAAUUGCUUGAAAAAUGGAAUCGCAAAACGGAUCUCUUGCAUCCGGACAUGUAUUUCUCUGUAAAAUUCGAUGAAAAAAAUCCGCUCAAAGGAUUCAUGGGAAUGGAAUUGGUCGAAUCAGCCAAAACACGGCAUAUCUAUGAGAAUUUGAAACCCGAGGAUUUGUAUCCGGUCCUCAAAACACUCGCGACAUUGCAAUCGCUGAGUCUUACGAUGGCCGACGAAGAAGUGAAGUCCAUCGAAGGCUACACUUUCAAAAAACUCAUGGGAUCAAUUCUUGAUGAUAACGGAAUUAAAAAUAUAUUUCUAUCCACAAUCGCAAUUGACAAGUGUCUUACUGAAAAGUGUGAAAAGAUGAUGGAGAUUGGCGUGAAGCUUAUUGAUGUUGACAUGACUGACAAUUUAAACGAAGAAGUUGGAAUCGAAAAAAAUGUUCUUGUUCACGGCGAUCUGUGGACAGCAAAUUUGUUGUUUGUGAACAAAAAUGGAGUUGAAGUGAUCGACAAAGUCAUUGACUAUCAACUUGUUCAUAUGGGAAAUCCUGCCGAAGACCUUGUCCGACUCUUCCUCUCAUCGCUUUCCGGAGCUGACGCAAAAAAUCGUUGGGAGGAAUUGCUUGAGAAAUUCUACGAAUAUCUUAAAGAAGAAAUGCAAGGAAACAAAAUGCCAUACACUUUGGAGCAACUUAAGCAAUCCUAUAAACUGUUUUAUACGAGUGCUGGAAUAGUAAUGUUCCAAAUGUUUGGACCAGUUGCUCAACAAAAAUUCUCCUACCUGGAUCCUUCUGAAGCAGAAAAAUACCGUGGAGUUUUAAUUGAAAAAGCUGAUCAUCUUCUAGACGAAAUGGACAAAUAUUAUAACUAUAGAAUUAACAGAAAAUAA